ACUUAAUUAGUACUUGUCACUCACCGCAGUUGAAAUCAAAUGAUAUUUUAUUUAUCUAUGAAGCUGAUAUGUACAUUACUGUCCUAGUUCAUAGUUCAUCCUCCUUUUGGCCUCCUCCAUCUUCUGCCGUGUUCGAUACAGCAAGCAAAAACCAUGAAACCAUCAAAGCUGCCUUUCCCACCCACUCGCUCUCUGCCCCUCCAUGCACAUUGCGGAGCUUCCUAGAAAGAUAUCCCCCGCAUGAGCCGAAAGCCAUCUGCAACCCCAAGCCAUUGAUUAGGCGGACGCUUCCGCCCAUCCGUUGGCCUAUCGAAUUUGUGGCCUUGAUAAUAAUAAUCGCCUCGCUACCCUACCCUACCUGCACCUCCGUCCGUGGUCUGUAUGAAAGCUAUGAUAUAAAUAAACCUGAGCGAUGCAGGUCAAAUCAGCAGCCUGUACAUACAUGGAUGUACUGUACACCUCCAGCGCCCAUUUGGAGAAGACCAAGAUCAAGAAGAAGAAUAUGCCUGAAUAAUGUCCUUGACUGAUGAGAGAUGAGAGAAUAUACUGGUGAUAAAGCCCGCAAGUUUAUGUACAUGUAUCUAUCUUGCAUUGACAUUUCUCUGCAAGACUAUGGUGAAAUAAGAUGAGCAUAUAUAUAAGCAACUUCUAUGCAAAUCCUUCUAUCCAUACGAUUUUACCGAUGACAGGUGAGGGCCAAGACAAUGAAAGCUAUUCCCUUCUAUCUUCUAUAGGAAAAAAAAAAGAAAGAAAAGGAGAAAGAAAAGAAAAAAGGGAAACAGUAGAGAACAAACGAGAAAAGACACUAUCAGACUGCUACAAUCAAGCUUUUAAAUAUCACCAACCCAGAAAAUAUUUCUGAAAACCCUCGAGAAAGAAAAGGAAAACAAGACAUAAGCCCCUUACCACCUGUUCCUCUUAACAUCAUCAUAUCAUCAUGCCAAUCAUCAUAAUUGACAACCGUAUGCGGCCCAAUUUCUCCUCCCCCUCCGUGCAAUGUGCCGUGAUGGCCCAUUCCUUCUCCCUUGUUCAUGCAGGAGCACAAAAUCCGCACGGGCAUUUUUAGACAUAUGAAUUAUCUUUUCCGGUCUCCACGAGCUCUUUCUCCAAGCCCUUGAUGUAUGCGUGUAUAGUCUUACUCC